UUUUGUUUGUGGACUGCCCCACAUGAAACGCCGACCGUGAUAUCUUUAUCAGUUUUAUUUUUACUGUUUAUUCAGCGUUUGUACCCAGAGACUUCGCUUUCUUUUCCGGAAGUCCGGAGCAUCAGUGACUGCAAAGUGUGAAUUAUCGCAGUGCAUAUAAGAACAUGGCGAAAUUGCCUAGUCCAUCGGCUAAUUUUGCCUCUGUGAAACUGGAGGAAAUGACGCUUCGCUCGCGGCUCCUCAAAGAUGUUCAUGCACCACCGACCCAUGCGUUGUCCAAAGUGACCAUCGUCGGUGUCGGUCAGGUGGGCAUGGCUGUGGCGUACAGUAUGAUCAAUCGCCAGAAUAUUGGUGAACUAGCCAUGAUCGACAUCGACGAACGGAAAUUAAAAGGAGAGCUUAUGGAUUUACAGCAUGGACUACAGUUUGUGCCCUUUGUCAAGAUCGCAGCCAGCACCGAUUACGCCAUCUCCAAGCAUUCAAAACUGUGCAUAAUUACGGCAGGAGCGCGCCAGCGCUCCGAUGAAGACCGAUCGUCGCUGCUCAAGCGGAACAUUGCCAUUUUCAAAGGCAUCAUCCCGCAUUUGAUCCGCUACAGCCCGGACUGCGUUCUGUGCGUCGUCUCUAACCCGGUGGAUCUGAUGACCUUUGUGGCCUGGAAGCUAAGCGGACUGCCGUCGCACCGGGUCUUCGGUUCCGGCACAUCCCUCGACUCCAGCCGUUUCCGUUACUUCAUGAGCGAUAGACUCGGAAUUGACGUGGGCAACUGUCAUGGCUUUGUAAUUGGGGAGCACGGCGAUCGCAGUGUGGUGGUGUGGAGUGGGGUGAAUGUUGCCGGUGUGCGUCUGGCUGAACUCAGUCCCGCCGCUGGGAGCGCCGAUGAUCCGGAGAAUUGGAGGGAGCUUCAUACUAAAGUGGUGCAAAGUUCCGAUGAGAUCGUGCGGCUUAAAGGCUACACAUCGUGGGCCAUCGGCAUGUGCGUGUCGGAGCUGGCCAGCGCCGUCCUGAAGAACAAGCGCAGCGUCUACGCCCUGUCCACUUUCGCCAAGGGCUUUCAUGGCAUUAUCGAGGACGUCUUCCUUAGUCUGCCCUGCGUUUUGGCCGAGAACGGCGUCAAUGCCGUCGUCAAUCAGCCGCUGAGUCCUGGCGAACGCGAGCAACUACAGAGCAGCGCCCGCCAGAUGCACGCCAUCCUCAAGGAUCUCGAUUUCUGAGUUGUAUUUAAUAAAAAAUUUUCUUUUCACGAAUGAACUGAGUACUCCAGCUAAAUUAAAUUAUUCUGAUUUUGCGCAUUACCAGACGAAGGGUACAUUUAUAA